AUGUCCCAAUCUACUCUUCCUGAUGCCUCCGCCCAAGUCUCCGGACACGCCGCCUCCGAUUCCACCAGCGCCGCCGAACUCGCCAGUCUUAAAGUAGCUCUGCGCUCUUCGCUGCGCCAGUUCCCGGACUUCCCUACUCCGGGUAUUCUGUUCGAGGAUAUCCUGCCCAUCUUCGCCGACCCCAAGCUCCAUGAGGCUCUGAUCCGCUCUCUGGAGCUUCAUGUUCUCGCCAACAACGGCGGCCAGAAGCCCGAUGUCAUUGUUGGUCUGGAGGCCCGUGGUUUCUUGAUCGGUCCUAGCUUGGCCCUGCGCCUCGGUGCUAGCUUUGUUCCUGUUCGCAAGCAGGGUAAGCUUCCCGGUCCCUGCAUUACUCAGGGCUACGAGAAGGAGUACGGCCAGGAUUUCUUCCAGAUGCAGUCGGAUGCUAUCAAGCCCGGCCAGAAGGUCAUUGUUGUCGAUGACAUUAUCGCAACCGGUGGCUCUGCCUACGCUGCCGGUGAGAUGAUCCAGAAGCUCGGUGGCGAGCUGCUGAGCUUCCUCUUCAUUCUCGAGCUUGAGUUCCUCCACGGCCGUGACAAGCUCCCCGCUCCCACCCACACUCUCCUCUCCGGCCAGGCUUAA